CUGCAGGGGUACUUGUCGGUCGUCAUAACUGUCUUUCACGGCAGUCGGUCAGUAACGCGAGGACGCGUCGGAAUUGCAGUCAGCAGUGUCCCCAAUCUGAGCGAUAAUCCAGUAGCUCACUUAGUUUCAGAAUCGGCGAUCGCGUGAGUGACAAGUAUUUGUAGGUGUGUUCAGUUUAUUGAAGCCGGUUGUCAUCAACGAGUUUGACACGCCCACUUGUCUCUGCUUUUCCGGUUUGAAGAAAAGGGAGAAAACUCGUCAGCGUCAUAUACAGGACAUUCAAAAUGGCGGCUUUUCACUACAAUUACGCGAUUGUGUCUCGUAUUCCUAACAGUUUCAAAGAUAAAGCAAUUACUGCUGGAAAUGAACAGAUCGACGUAGAGAAGGCGAGAGAAGAGUACAAGGAACUGCUGGUUGUGCUACAGAAAUGCGAUAUAAACCUGAUCGAACUUCAGGAAGAUGAGAAGUACCCCGACUGUUGUUUUGUCGAAGACACGGCUGUUGUGAUCGGGGGGACAGUUCUCAUCACUCGGCCAGGCCAUCCCUCGAGACAAGGGGAGGUUGGUGAGAUCCGCCGAGUUCUGAAAAAUGACCUUCACUUCAACGUGAGUGAGAUGAAAGAGGCUGAUGCCAAGCUGGAUGGAGGAGACGUUCUGUUUACAGGAAAAGAAAUCUUUGUCGGCGUUGGCAAAAGAACAAAUAAUGCAGGAGCAACAGCAGUGGCGACAGCAUUUAUUGAUUACGAUGUCGUCCCCAUCAACAUCGGCGACACGGAUGUCCUUCACCUUAAAGAUGCUGUCAAUGUCAUUGGACGGGAAGAGCUGGUAGUUGCAGGGGGUGACGGUCCACGGACUAUCAUGAAGCGUAUGGAUGCCCUAAAGACGUUCAACUACAAGAUCCUGCAGAUGCCGAGCCCGCUGGGGGCAGACAUGCUGUACCUGAACGGCCGACUCAUCCACAGAACCAAUGAGGAACUCACCAAGGAGGGCUAUGGGCUGCUGGAUGAGAAGCUGCAGUGCACACGACACCAGACGUCGCUGAGGGAACUGAGCAAGGCGUAUGGAACCAUCAGCAGCAUGUGUAUACUGCUCCGUAUCAACCGGCGCAUACAGAAGGUUCUGUCCAACGUCACAGAGCCCGACCUCACACAGUUCCUCAGCAUUGGCCACCAGAAGCCCUGAGUUGACGACCACACAACGCUUAAACUCUCAAAUAUCCUCUGUCUUAACGCUAUGUCUCCUUUAUAGGUAGGAUAUAUGACUAGUAUUAACAUCAGGAUGUUCUGCGCUAACUCUCAUCAUCAGUGAUUUGUACCAGGAAGGAUGUGAUAGUUGAUUCAAGCCAAUUUGUAUGUAAAUAAGGGAAGUUUGUACAUUGUGAGUAUAGGAGAGAGCUGAGUAGGACCGCCGGGAUAUUGCCAAUUAGGUUGACAGUGAAAUUGAAACUGUUGCUUGGAAACCAACAUGGUUGCCAUGGUUACAUAGUCUGGUCUCCUGCUACAACGAAGUGUUACCGUGAUGAGGUUGGUACUUCGGUGUGUGGGGGUUGGGCAUUUUUAGACCUAGAUGGGUGGAUUGGGUGAGUGAAGAAUCAAAUUUUGAAUCAUGUACUGAUCUUCCCCAAUGGGACUAAAAAUAGGUUAAGUUUAUUGAGGAAAAUCAAGGUGAUAUUUGUAUGUAUAUUCUUUGUAGGAUAUGUAGGCUGUGCCAUGCUCUUCUGUGUAGUAUGCAGUGAUGUCAUUGGCUAGAUGACCAGGAUGUAUGAUAUAUUCCACACAUACAAGUAGCUGUAUACGAGAUUGUAAUAUGUUCCUUUAUAUGACAACUCUUAUGAGUCAAGGCGGUCUUCACCCAUUUUCGGUGGCCUAUCUGGAUAGUGCAGAACUUAUUUUCUUCUAUUGUACAGAUCAAGCAAUUUUUCAACUUAUUUUUGACGAUAUUUUUGCUGAAAUUCUUGUCGUUUUUAUAAACAUGUUUGAAAUACACUUGCAAUGAAUUGUAACAGGAAGUCAGUGUACAUACAAGACUGAAAUAAGUGAAAUAACUGUCAUGUUUUGAGUCUGUGGAUGUGCUUCUGGUUCAUGUUAGCUGUAUCUGUCGAGGGAGAUCAGGAUGCGUGGUCACUAACUGAUUCUUAGAUCAAUGUAAUGAUAACACAAACUGAUCCCUCGUAUAGAUUUGACCACACAAGUAGGUAAAGACCACAUUUCACCCUUGGACUACUCUAAAUACACAUAUGCUUAGAUUAAAUGAGCAAGAUCAGCAUAUUGUGACAAAGAACUAGGUCAGUCCUGAGAGAUUGGCAAAUGGGUCUGGAGGAUAUAACAGCUUGUGUCUGUCUUUGUAACAUGGAACAUUAUUUGCAAAUUUCCCUGUACUGUACCCCCCAGAGUAUCUCGUAUUGUAACACCCGCUCUUGUGUGAUGCUAGGGCAUAACUCAGACAUACCAUACUUCAUCUGGCGCCUGUGCCGCCGAGGCUCCUGCAGGAACUCACCAAUCCAGUGCUGUCAUGGAGAUGUGUUACCAUGGUGAUUCUGUAGCAAUGUGGAGUUUACAGAGCAUCUACAGAUUGUUUCAUUGUAUUGUUAUAUUGUUAGCUCACCUGGACUUGUUCCAUGAUCUGUUGUCUUUCAUUAACUGUUAACCUACCCAUCUGCAUGUGUUAAACUGUUGAAUGCAGUCUCACUACUAAGACUUGUGUGAAGCUUAUUUCUGGUGUCCCCUGCAAUGGUGUUGCUGGAAUAUUGCUAAAAGUGGCGUAAAACUGUACUAACUCACUCACUCACUCACUUAGAUUUAUGCUGCAAGAUGCUUACUUUACCAUUGACCAACAGAAAGACUAGAAGGAUUAGACUACAUAAAUUCAUCAUCAGCUGAAACAUGAUAACAUUUCAUGUGAUUAAGCCAGGUGAGCUACAGAGCUCUCGGCUCUAUGUUUCCAUUGUUAAUUGUUACUCACAGAUAUACGAAAUAUUUUUUUAUAAUUUUGUAAUCUACUACACAUGAAUAUUGAUACGUUUCAUGUAGUGCCGAACAUCAUCGACCACAGGGUGGCCAUUGGGCCGACAUCCAGGACAUGAGACAUCCCUGUUUAUCUUUGCUUCCUGGCAAAAAUCCACGAGGUGUAGUUCAGGAUCUCCCCAAUCAUGUUAAUAGAAAUGUUUCUUGUGUAUCAGAGUUUCUGAGGAGUUUGAAAUGAAAUCUUUGUCAUAAAGCUCUCUUGAUUAAAACGUUUGGGUUAUUCAGGCCAUUCUUUUCUUGUUAUUCAUCUUUGUUGCUGGGAUGUGAAAGAUUAUUGAUAUAUUUGAUAUAGUUUCUGUGAAAUGGUUUGUAUAAUAUUUCCCUGUAGCAGAUAUCCUACAGUUGAGAUCCUGUAGUAGAGAUCCUACAGUUGAGAUCUUGUAGUAGAGAUACUACAGUAGAGAUCCAACAGAAGAGAUCCUACAGUAGAGAUCCAACAGAAGAGAUCCUACAGUUGAGAUCCUGUAGCAGAGAUCCUACAGUAGAGAUCCUGUACCAGAAAUACCGUACUUGUACAGCGAUCCAGUGGCAUAGAUCCAACCAAGGUGUUUAUAUUCAUCCUUUAUUUAUCAUAAAAAUGUCCCCAUUCUUCUGGGGGACAUCGGAGGUCAGUGUUUUGCUUGCAUAUCAUUAGCCUAUCAUGUUUUGCUUCGCUGUUCUAUACAUUUUAGCUCAUCUGUUGAAUGUUUGUGUGACUGAUUGCAAUCCCAUUUACAAGGUCUGUGGCAGGUUUUCUCUCCUUCCUCACCUUGACCAUCAAACAUCAGCAAUAACUGUGUGUGUUACGUCCUGUGUUAUUGUAUGGUCUUUGUUGUGAUGAAUGAAAAUUGAACAAAAGCAUGUUCUUUUUAUGGAAUAAGUACUGGACAUCAGAAUAAGCAAUUGUACUUUUCAGACAGUGUUUGUGUUACCAUGUAGACAGAUCCAAUUAUUCCCCUGAGUGCCAGGUCAUUGCAUCUUGCGUCUGUGUUCAAGACACAGCUCCAUGCCCUGAGUGCCAGGUCAUCUCAUCUUAGGUCUGUGUUCAAGACACAGCUCCAUGCCCUGAGUGCCAGGUCAUCUCAUCUUAGGUCUGUGUUCAAGACACAGCUCCAUGCCCUGAGUGCCAGGUCAUCUCAUCUUGGGUCUGUGUUCAAGACACAGCUCCAUGCCCUGAGUGCCAGGUCAUCUCAUCAUGGGUCUGUGUUUAAGACACAGCUCCAUGCCCUGAGUGCAAGGUCAUCUCAUCUUGGGUCUGUGUUCAAGACACAGCUCCAUGCCCUGGGUGCCAGGUCAUCUCAUCUUGGGUCUGUGUUUAAGACACACCUCUAUGAUUGAGGAUGGCAAAAUCCUUUUUUCCCUCAACAAUGUUAAAUAAGUGGCAUCGAUGCAGAAAUGCCAAACAUGAUAAAGUGAUUAUCUUGACACCCCCUGAACAUGUCAUUCUGUUCAUGCUGGUCAUUGUCCAGAGUCUCACACUUCCUGGUCUGCAGGGUGAAGACUUGCACAAUCAUCUCCAUGGUUAAUCCAGUGAGAGGUGAGGUGUCGGGGUGGGAGGUGGACAGCUUUCAGCCUAGUAUCUGCAAUGUUGGAUAUAUGCAAACCUCUUCCUUUGUUCAGUGUGUGACACUAACGAUUUAACACACUAUCUCUGUACGAUUGUUAUGUAGGAUUAGUUGAUAUGCUAUGAUAUACAGACUUGUAUCAACCUUGUACUUUGACAUGCCAGUUAUACAUGUUAUGCCAUGCCCAGUCUGACAAUGUUGCUGUAUCAAGCAGUUGGGGUGUACAGCAGUUGUUACAUUGUGGGCAGUGUAGGAGAUAUUUGUCUAUAUUCAGCCUGGUGCCCAGUAGUUACAUGAAGGUCACCCAGUCUAGCUUGCCACUAUUUUCCUUUGACUCUUAAAUGCAUUCUUUGUAUUGCUUGUCAAUUUUUUUGAUAUAUUUAGUCUUUAAUAAAACAUAGUUGAACAGUU